AUGCGAGAUUCUGGAUGCCGCAGAGGACAAGCCCAGACCCGAGCUCAAGAUCAUGGAAGACAAUCAAUCGUGCAUCAAGGGACGAAGAAUCCUGUGAACCAUGGUCGGGCCAAUCACGUCAACAUCAAGUACCACCACAUUCGCGAUGAAGUCAAGCGUGGUGAUGACGCGUUGGAGUACUCUGAGACUGCGAUGAUGAUGGCGGACAUCAUGACAAAGGGACUGCCAGGACCGCGUCACAGGUAA